AUGAACUCGUUGAAGCCCUCGACGACCCUGCGUAUCUUAUCAAGGAUGACAGGGGUCAUUUCUUUUGGGGCAAUCUUACUGUGGACAUUAGAGCGAUAUAUGGAAGAAGGAACCCUUCUAGGCAGAAUCUGGACCAAGGGCUCGGGCAACAAUCCACCAGUCAUGCCCUCAUCCCUACUAACAACAGUUCCAGCCACUAUCCCAGCAGCUGUCAAAGAGUCGCCGAAUACCCACAACCCCAGCGGCCUUUACCCAACUUCUCGAAUAAAACCACCAGACCAAGUCAAGUGCGCUAAGAAGCAAACAUUAGGAAGCUCGUGGGAGCUCCGCUUGAAUAGGAACAACUUUGGUUUCGAGGAUUAA